GUUCAUUUCCACGCGCCGGAUCUCACGCAGCAUGGAUCCAGUCCUUUACUUCCAGGGUUCGUUUUUCCUUUGUCGCGACUAACAAUCAUACGUGUGCCGCCAUCCACUGGAGCCCACUUUAUGAGAUGAUUCGAUGAUUUUAACCGUCCACAUAUUAUCUAGUACCAUAGAUAAACUAUUAUGUCAUAUUCACGCUUUUACAAUUGAAAGAGAUCCAUUGAAAAUUUCUUUUUUAUUGUUGUAAAUUUAUCUAUAGAUAGAACUUCUAACGAUCAUCCAUUCAGUUCAAUUUUCUUAUAGUAGUCUACAUAUCACAUAGUAUGAAUCAAAGACGGUUCCGAUCAUUUGAUCACUUCUCAUGUGGGCCUCAGUGGGCGUCGAACGAUGCUGAUUGUCAUUCGCAACGGAGUAAAAACAGAUUCUCUUUUCCGAAGUGCACGACAACGCAAAAAACAAACGAGAGCACCACACGGUCCACACCCAAUUCCGCAGCCUCUCUUUGCUCUUUCACAGGCCUUGGAUUUCCAACUAAAAUGGCUGCCCAAAACCAACCAUCAUCCAAAUACAAGCUCUAUCUCUCCCUCUUCUUCCUAUCAUGGUUCCUCAUCGUUUUCCUCUGGUACCCGGCCCAGAAAAAGGCCACCUUUCAGUUGUCCAAUCCGAUCGACGGUCAGGAACCGACGAUGGAUCCGCCCAAUUGUGAUCUCGGAGCGUUGGUUUAUGUCUACGAACUGCCCGAGAAAUUCAACGUAGGGCUGCUGCGGGACUGCCGGAAUUUGAGCGUGUACACGGACAUGUGCCCGCACGUGGCGAACCGCGGGCUCGGGCAGCCGCUGCCCCGAAUGGGCUCGCCGAGCUGGUACGCGACCCACCAGUUCAUCGCCGAGCUGAUCUUCCACGCUCGUGUGGAGCGCCACCCGCGCCGCACGUGGGAGCCCGGCGAGGCUACGUUGUUCUACGUACCCUUCUACGGCGGGCUGCACGCGUCGAGCAAGUUCCGCGAGCCGGACCUCCGCUCGCGCGAUGCGCUGGCUGUCGAGAUGGCGGAGUAUUUGAGUCAGCAGCCAGCGUGGCAGAGGUUCCAAGGUAGGGACCACUUCCUGGCCCUUGGAAGGACGGCGUGGGAUUUCAUGAGAUCAGAGAAGGGGAAGGACUUCGGAGCCAACCGACUCCUGAUGCUGCCACGUGUAAUGAACACGUCCGUGUUGACGGUGGAGCGGCACCCUUGGGAAGGGACCAAUCAGCACGGGAUCCCGUACGCCUCCUACUUCCACCCUUCCACGUUGGAUGAGAUGCUGACGUGGCAGGAGAAGAUGCGCCGGAGCCACCGGCCCCACCUGUUCUCGUUUGUGGGGGCCACCCGCACGGGGGUGGAGAAGGCGGAAGUGCGUAACCAGAUAGUCAAGCAGUGCGCUGAGUCAACCCGGUGCAACCCGCUGAGGUGCGCUCGUGGGGCGAGCGAGUGCCAUGACCCGGUCCGCGUGCUGGGCGUCAUGAGCCAGACCAGCUUCUGCAUGCAACCACCAGGUGACUCGUUCACUCGGCGGUCCGUCUUCGACUCGGUGCUUGCCGGUUGCAUCCCGGUCUUCUUCUCCCCUCACACGGCGUAUACUCAGUAUGAGUGGUACCUGCCUGCCGAUCGUAGGGACUACUCCGUCUACAUUCCAGAGGAGAAGGCCGGCCGCAUCGAGGAGGAGCUGCUAAAGAUUCCAAGCGAUGAGGUGGCGCGGAUGCGUAACAACGUCAUCGAUCUGAUCCCUGCGGUCACAUACGCUCAUCCUAAUGCGACUGGAACUGGAUUCCGGGAUGCUGUCGAUGUUGCGCUAGAGCAAUUGUUGAAGCAUGUGCGAUCAAAACUACAGCUCGUGUGAAAGUUCAAUGGCCUAAAUCGGAGAAGAACAUGAGGCCAAUUUCUCUGGCCUAGCACAGUAGUUGUUCAUAUUUUAUUUAUUUAUUUUUGAAACGGCCGGGAUGUUUUGGAACGUCCAAACCAAAUCGACCUUUUGAACGGUCCAGAUUCAUCCAUUUUCUUGGUAUUUUUCAAAUUCAUUUAAAUUCAUCCAUAUGUAUUUCU